AUGUCCUCAGCAGACAAAUCCAGACAAUCGUCCGGGGGGCGAUCUCUUUUUUCCAGAAGUAAGAACAAGGACAAAAGACCGACAGAUGGCGACCACCUUGACGCCGCCAGCACUAUCAGCUUCCGGACAUCAAGGCACAAAAGAGAUUCAUCCUCCGUGUCUAUUGAUACGCCCACAUCUCCCGACCCCGGACUCAACAUGAUGGCAGGAGUGAUAACAUCUAUCCCCUACGAUAAUAUGCCUUCCGGUUCACGAUCCCCGAUACCCGUCGAUUAUCUCCCCAGUUCCGAACAAGCGCCAGCACGUAGAGAUCCCUUGCCUCACCAACUUAACAAAAGUGGCAUGGAUUUUCAUCAAUACCCCUCGGUCGACCCAUCAAGCGCCAGACCGAGAGAAUCUAACAUGACCAUGGCUUCUACUGGUCGACAAGCCCAGUAUCAACAAUGGGGUCCUGCUCGAGGGAGCGUUGCUAGCACAGUCAAUGGCUCACAUACCUCUCGAUACGAAUCGUACCUGGGCCCCAAUGAUGGCCGCAGCUCUGGCGAGAACCUAAGCUUAUAUUCAGGUAAUGCUACCCACCGAGAUGCUGGGGCUGUAACACGCUCAUCGCAGAUAGCAUUACCAAGUGUCUCGUCGCAGAGUUCCUAUGGCUCUCAGCCGUCGUAUCGAGAAUCCAAUCGAGUCACCAAGUUUCCUGGCCCCUUUCUGACAGCACACGAGGGCUUUUACUUUCCGAAACCGGACGAUGAUAAUGUUAUUGAACAAAUGUUCCUUCAGCUUAUGCAGAAACGAGGAUGGCACAACUUGCCUGAGCAAGCUCGACGGCAAAUGAUGGCUUACCCGCCGCAGAAGAAAUGGACACUUCUUUAUCAAGAUCGCUUGACUGAGUGGCAAGGGGAACAAAAGAGAAGGCAAACAGCUCGGUCCAAUCAGUAUGCGGCACCGGAUAUAACGACCUACUCUGACGAAGAAGGCACACCAGAAUGGUAUGUGCGGAAGGUAAUGGAAGAUAAGCUAGACGCCAAGGGCCUCGGCAGUCUUGAAGUCAAUUUGAGAACACAGCAGAUAGGCUGGGUGAAGCGAUUUGUCGAAUGUCAGGGACAGGUUGCAUUGGUCACACUGCUGCAAAAAAUCAACCGCAAGACAGUGACCGGUCCCCCGCCGGAUAAUGCACGAGCAGAGAAGAACCUGGAUAAGGGUUACGACAUCAUUAAGUGCUUAAAAGCUCUUAUGAACAACAAGUUUGGCGCCGACGAUGCUUUGAUGCAGCAAAAAGUUCUUUUAGCCCUUGCUACCUGCCUCAUAUCAGCACGAAUUACAACUAGGAAGCUCGUGAGCGAAAUAUUAACAUUUCUAUGUACUUGGGGUCGCGAUGGCGAAGGCCACAUCAAGGUUAUUCAAGCUCUGGACGAGCUGAAGACUCAAUCUGGCGAGAAUGGCCGAUUCGACGCUUGGAUGCGCUUGGUAGAGGUAACAAUUGAUGGCCGUGGCAAAAUGGGCAGCCUGGUUGGUGCUAGUGAGGAGGUACGAACUGGUGGUAUUGGCAUGGAGAAUCUGCUCAUGGAAUAUGCCGUCACCACCCUCAUGCUCAUCAAUAUGCUGGUAGAUGCACCAGAGCAUGACCUUCAGCUGCGAAUACAUAUUCGAGCCCAGUUUACAGCAUGCGGCAUCAAACGAAUAUUGACAAAAAUGGAAGGGUUCCAAUAUGAGCUCCUCGACAAGCAAAUUGAAAGGUUUCGUACUAAUGAAGCCAUUGAUUACGAAGAUAUGCUGGAGAGAGAAAAUAGCAGUAUCAAGGAUAGCGUCGAAGGUGACGUUAAGGACCUCACUGAUCCCGUUCAGAUCGCCGACGCCAUUCAGCAACGAAUCCAUGGAAGCAAAGCACAGGAUUAUUUUGUUUCAGCGCUGCAACACCUCAUGCUCAUCCGUGCUCAAGACGGGGAAGAGCGGUUGCGUAUGUUUCAACUUGUCGACUCAAUGCUGAGCUACGUGGCCAUGGACCGGCGUUUGCCCAACAUGGAUCUUAAGCAAAGCCUCAACUUUACGGUCCAGAGUCUGCUAGACAAGCUGCAUACUGACUCAGAGGCACGACAGGCGCAGGAUGAGUCUCUCGAGUCACGACAGAUAGCGGAGGCCGCAAUGGCGGAGCGUGACGAAAUGCGUGCCAGGCUUGAACUCGGAGCUGAUGGACUUGUGAAGAAAAUGCAGAAGCAACUUGACGAGCAAGCGCGAUUUAUUGAAGCCCAAAAAAGGCAAGCGGAGGGCCUGAAAGCUGAGCUGCACAAUGUUCAAACUGUCCGUGCUAAAGAAGCUCAAAGAAACGAGCUAGAGACCCGAGAGUUGUAUCUGAUGUUGAGAGACGCACAAGACAUCGCAGCGUCUAAUGCCAUCAAAGGAAAGCCCAGCAACAGCGACAAUGACAAUGGUAGCACCAAUAACGCGGAAACCGCCGAGCAGAUGCAGGGCAUUUUGGACCGCGAGAGACUAAUGGAGCGUCUCCAGAGGCAAUUGGAGCGACAAAAGACACAGUACAAACUGGAAGGCCGUGUUUGGGGCGAGGCCGGCAGCCCAUCCGACCGGCUGCGAGCCUUACGUGAAGAAAUGGACGAUGACAAUCUGGAAUCACCAGCUGGGAGCGGAACACCGCCUCGUGACCUUACUAACAGUGUUCUGGGCAGCGUGGGUCGCCAGACCAGAAUUCCUCGCAAACCACUUGGCUCGGACAAAGGUGCUGAAGAUGGUGUCAUUGAAGAAAGUGAAGAAACAGAAGGCGAAGAAGGUGUCAUUUACGAACGUCCUCGUAUUGUUGAGAUGAAGCGGCCGACCAUCGACCCUAAGCAACAAGCUGGCCUGGUAAACGAAAUAGGCUCCAAGGUCAAGAAAUAUGAGGGCAGCGACUCGGAAGAUGCUGAUGUCGACGCUACACAAUCGCAUCCCAGCUUGGAAUCAUCAACACCAAGAACCUCGGCAGAUGAUGAGGCACUAAAGACCGAAUCUGCUGUAGCAGGUCCUCCUCCUCCCCCCCCUCCACCACCUCCGCCCAUGCCGGGCCAGAUUCCCGGUGCACCACCGCCUCCUCCGCCACCGCCUCCACCAUCUCCACCACCUAUGCCGGGUCAAAUUCCCGGCGGGCCCCCCCCCCCCCCCCCCCCCGCCCCCCCCCGCCCCCCCACCUAUGCCGGUAUUGGUCUCCCCGUGGCACGGCCCAAGAAGAAGCUCAAGGCUUUGCAUUGGGAAAAGCUCGACACCCCCGAGACCAGUCACUGGGCUGCGCAUGCUCCGUCAGCUGAGGAGCGAGAAGAGAAGUAUAAUGAGCUUAGCCGAAAGGGUAUCUUGGACGAGGUUGAAAAGCUUUUUAUGGCCAAAGAGAUCAAGAAGUUGGGUGGUGGAAUGGCCAAGAAUAGUGACAAAAAGCAAAUCAUUUCUGCUGACCUGCGGAAGGCAUACGAAAUCGCCUUUGCUAAGUUUUCACAACAUUCUGUGGAGAAGAUUGUUCAGAUGAUUAUUCAUUGUGACCCUCAAGUACUGGAUAAUCAGGUUGUCAUGGAGUUCCUUCAAAAGGAGGACCUAUGCAAUAUUUCCGACAAUGUAGCGAAACAAAUGGCGCCGUACAGCCGAGAUCUAACUGGCCCUGAUGCCACCAGCCAGAACCGCGAGCAAGAUCCCUCGGAGCUCACAAGACAGGACCAAAUUUACUUGCAUACCGCGUUUGAGUUGCACCACUACUGGAAGAGCCGCAUGAGGGCCUUGUGGCUAAGUAAAAAUUUUGAAUCAGACUACGAGGAGCUCAAUGAAAGAAUAAACCAGGUUGUGACAGUUUCAGAGAGCCUGCGGGACUCUGUAUCGCUCAUGAAUGUCCUUGGUCUCAUUCUCGACAUUGGCAAUUAUAUGAAUGACGCUAACAAACAAGCGCGUGGUUUCAAGCUAAGCUCACUAGCACGGUUAGGCAUGGUCAAGGAUGACAAGAAUGAAUCCUCGCUGGCAGACCUGGUGGAGCGUAUAGUUCGAAGUCAGUACCCCGAAUGGGAGGGAUUUGCCAACGACAUCAGCGGUGUUGUGACGGCACAAAAGAUCAAUGUGGAACAGCUGCAGACGGAUGCCAAGAAGUACAUUGAGACCAUUCGCAAUGUGCAAAUGUCCCUGGACUCAGGGAACCUCAGCGACCCCAAACAAUUCCAUCCUGAGGACCGCGUCAGCCAAAUCGUGCAGCGAUGCAUGAAGGAAGCACGACGCAAGGCCGACCAAAUGGAGCUCUAUCUUGAUGAAAUGAUUAAAACUUAUAAGGACAUUAUGGUGUUUUAUGGAGAGGAUCCUACCGACGAAAACGCCCAACGAGAGUUCUUCGCCAAACUGGCCAACUUUUUGAUGGAGUGGAAGAAAUCCAAGGAGAAGAAUAUUCAGCUGGAAGAGAUGAGGAGACGAAACGAAGCGUCCAUGAAGCGUAAGCACGCUGUGCAAAAGGGAGGAGCUGCAGCAGCUCUGGGCGAAGGAAGCGCCUCACCAACCAGUACCGGCGCAAUGGACUCGCUGCUUGAGAAGCUUCGAGCAGCGGCGCCACAAGCCCGGGACCAGAGAGAUCGACGUCGUCGCGCGCGUCUCAAGGACAGACACCAAGUGCGAGUGGCUUCGGGCCAAAAGAUUCCUGACCCGACUGAAGUACCCGACGCCGAGGUCGGUCUACAAAAUAUUGAAAAGGCAAUUGACGAAGAGGGCAACCCAAUUGUUAGCCCAGGACUGAGUUCGCCUAGAGAAGGAGAUGAAGAUGUUGCUGACCGAGCCGCUGCCUUGCUACAAGGUAUGCGUGGCGACGGGGAUGAUGAUGCCGCAAAGCGAGAGAGCCUACGACAAUCGAGACGGCAAACAGCUGAGGAUGAGCGUCGAUUAAGAAGACGGAGGAGAGAGAAAGCAGGCGCUAGCCAAAUAAGCGGGACUGCAGAGGAAGCUGCUGCUGCAGAUAGCACCGCGGCUGGCGUACCAGAAGCGGUUGAAGAGGCGGAGAGGGAGCCGCCGGAUGAAGGGCUUACGGAGGGAGCAAAGGUAGAAGCGGAGAACGAGUAG